ACUCUCUCCCCUCCUCCGCCAUGUGAUGACGGACAGACUGUAUUACCGGAGCGAUGCUUGAAGUCACUCUCAUCAGCAACAAAGCGAAGCGACAGCAGCAGCAGCACUGACGUAAACUAUCCACCACAUCACCGGAACAUACGGACCAGGACCGACACCAUAUCGUCUCCUCCGAAGGACAUAUGGAAACGGAGCGCUGAGAGAGACGUGAUGAUGCUCGGACUCCGAUUCACGGCAACAUUUCAAAUGCGCGUUAAAUGGAGACUCAUGACAAGAGAUGCUGCAGGGUGCCGCAUUGCCUGGCCGCUUGAUGAUGGUAGGAUAGAGCAGCGCUUUUAACCGUGAUGCUCGUUCUUAGAUGCUUUCGGGGUGGGAUUUGUAGUCGAUUGAAUGCCUCAGAUUUGAUCAUACGCAAACUAAGACGAUUUCAGCUUGCUUAAGCCAUACAUGCAUACACAUAUACACUCGAUUACCACGACCAGAUGAAUGUGAAUUUACGUUGCAGAACAAGCAUUAAUAAACCCACAAUACAGGUGAAAUCAGAAGGAGUAUAUGAGGUGAACUAACAGUGUCGUAGCUUACACUCAGGACCAUCUCUGAAGUCAGGUUUUUAUUUGCAAGCGCUGCAGUGAUAGGGCUCUUUAUGAUUGAUAUUUUCAUCAUCAGUUAGGAAAUAUAUAUUGAUAGUAUAUAGAGUCAGUCUUGGUCCAGUGUAAGGACAAUGACUCAUUUACAGGCAGGCCUCUCUCCAGAAACCCUGGAGAAAGCCAAGGUGGAGUUAAAGGAGAACCCCGACACAUUACAUCAGGACAUACAGGAGGUGAGGGACAUGAUCAUUACCCGUCCAGACAUUGGCUUUCUCAGGACAGAUGAUGCUUUUAUCCUGCGCUUUCUUAGAGCUCGGAAAUUUAACCAUUUCGAGGCCUUCCGCCUCCUGGCCCAGUACUUUGAGUACCGGCAACAGAACCUUGAUAUGUUCAAGAACCUCAAGGCCACCGAUCCGGGGAUCAAGCAGGCUCUGAAGGAUGGAUUUCCUGGGGUUCUGUCCAAUUUGGAUAGAUAUGGGAGGAAGAUUCUGGUUCUGUUCGCGGCGAACUGGGAUCAGAGCAGGUACACUUUUGUGGAUAUUCUGCGAGCUAUUUUACUUUCCCUGGAGGCAAUGAUAGAAGACCCCGAGCUACAAGUAAAUGGAUUUGUCUUGAUCAUUGACUGGAGUAACUUCACUUUCAAGCAAGCUUCCAAGUUAACCCCAAGCAUGCUGAGAUUGGCAAUUGAGGGCCUACAGGUAACACAAUUGUCUGUUUUUAAUCUUAUGUUUUAAAAAAAUCAACGUGGAUAUAACAAUGCAUUCUUUCAAUUUGUACCUUCAUGCAUAUGUUUUUGGAAGCAAUCCAACAUCAAAUAUGUAAUGUUCAUAAAGUGUGCUUCAGGCGUGAAUAAUAAGAAUUGCAUAGGGAAAUUCUGGAUGUGUGAGGCAGAACAGGUGCUUGUAGAGGAAUCCCCCUCCCCUCAAAC